AUGUGGCAGGAUGAUGAAGACAACAAUCCCUAUGGAUCCUACACCAACCAGGACCCUUCCGUUGAAUCAACAAACCACCCAGCCCUGAGCACGACCUACUCUAAUGACCCCUCCACGUCUGACACCUCACAUUCACCCCCGACCAAGCCUCAGUAUUCCUCGCGAUCCGAGCAGACCACCGACGAUGAGGAGGAAGAGAACCAGCAAGCCGGGGCAGGACAUAUACCGCCUAAAGGUGGAUACGACAGCAGAGUGCAGCAGAUUUUAUACGAGAAUCCAGACCUGGAGAUUGUCAUAACUGAUGCGGGCAAGAGUUCAGAUGGAGGCUACAUUGUCUACAAGAUUCGCACUGGAGACAUUGAGGUCACCCGGCGCUACUCAGAAUUCAGCUCGCUGAGAAACGCGCUGGUAAAUCUACAUCCUACGCUGGUAGUUCCUCCCAUACCCGAAAAGCAUACCAUGGCAGACUAUGCAGCAAAACCAACCAAAGCUAAAGAAGACGUUGGCAUCAUCGACCAACGCAAGAGGAUGCUUGCAGUCUUCCUGAAUCGGUGUAGGAGGAUGAAAGAAGUGGUUGAGGAUGGUGUCUGGUGGAGAUUCCUCGAUCCGAACUCGAGUUGGAAUGAAGUUCUGCAUGCUCAUCCCGUGGCAUCGGUCCCGAAGAACAACCUGAAAGCCCCUCCGUUAGACCCGGCAAACCCUACUCAGGCCCACAACUGGUUGCCUGUACCUUCUUCCUCCGCCAAAUUGAGAUCCGGAGGGCCGACAUCGAGUAGCGGAACGCCAAUAUCUCCUCCGGACCAGACUUAUCCAUCUGCUGUCGCUCACACAACGCCUGGACCUCAAGUUUUCGGCCGCUUCCCUCCGUCUUCGGACAAGCUGAGCGAGGCCGACUUGGACCCUUACUUUAUCAACUUCGAAGCCUCAACUCGCGAAUUGGAACUUCUGUUGCAAGGUAGUAUAGAGAAGGUGAAUCGUCGCACAAUUGAGCAUUUGACAAAACUAUCAACAGACCUUUCGGAGCUGGGGGCACGGUAUAAUGGCUUUUCUCUUUCUGAACAGUCACCAACCGUAGCAGCUGCUAUCGAGCGGGUAGGUCAGGCGGUCGAUAGUACCUACAUCUCCACUGAAGAGCUCGCCUUGGGGUUGGGUGCAACUUUCGCCGAACCGAUGCGGGAAAGUGCACAGUUCGCCGGAGUGGUGCGCAACGUGUUGAGGUACCGCGUCCUCAAGAGAGUGCAGCAAGAUAUGACCAGAGAAGAGCUCGACAAGAAGAGAGGUCUCCUGGAGUCAUUGGAACGCAGCGAAGCAGAGGCCAAGAGAAUUGACGCAUACUUGUCUCAAAGCACGACAAUAGCCAGCCCGCCUAGGCGGUCGACUUCGAGUGCCUCUGGUAGGAGUCCACCCGAUCGAUAUGGGCAUGAAGGGCACGACGAAACCGAAUCAGUCGACUCUGACUUUCCGCCGACUCAUGGCGAUACGGGAACCUCUCCUCCACCUUCUGCAACCCAGGGCCACCCUCCUUCUGGACCCACGUCUCCUGCUUCACAUAAAAAGUCACCGAGCGGUAACUUCGUGACGAACAAAAUAUUUGGUAGUUUCCGACACGCCGUCAACGGUUUCGUGGACGUCGAUCCCGAGAGAACGAGGCGGGAUCAAAUCGGGAAGACCAGAGAGAGCUUGACCCAUCUUGAGCAGGCUCUAGAAGUCUCAGAAAGUGAUGUCAAAGAUGCAACUCAAGGUGUCAUGCGUGACCUGAAGAGAUUCCAGAAGGAAAAGGAAGAUGAUCUUCAGAGAUACAUGAUCUCGUAUGCUCGGUGCCACAUUGAGUGGGCACGGAAGAACCUGGAGACCUGGUCGGAAGCCAGGGAGGAAGUGGACAAGAUUGUUUCGCGAUAG